AUGGCGGCGCCGGGCGCGGUGGACGCUGCGCUGGAGCUGCUCGGGCGGAUCUCGCGGCUGGAGGAGCCCUCCGAGGAGCUGCGGGCCCUGCGGGUGGCUGUGCAGGCCCUGCCGCCCGGCGCCCUGCGGGAGAGGGGCCCCGAGUUCCCUCUGGCGGGGCUCUUCGCUCUCAUGGCGCGGGGGGACAGCAGUGAGCAGAUCUCUUCUUGUGUUUCCAUCCUGGAGCGGUUCCUCCAAAUCAUGGACCCCUUGUACGUGAUCCAGAACUUUGGGGAAGAACUGCAGAAGGGCCUCUUCCAUCCAGACGAUUCAGUCAAAAUUCUGACUGUAUCCCAGGUUGGACGGGUAGCAGAAGAUCCUGAUGCUGCUAAAGAAAUCCUUAAUACUCCAGAGUUGCUGAGGCAGGUUAUUUAUUGCAUUGCUGCAGAGAAAAUAGCAGUGGCCAAAGAGGCCAUAAAGUCGCUAUCAAGGGUGGCAGAAACACCUGAGGGUUUAGAGUCUUUGCUUGCAGGCAACUUGCUAGUCGACCUGAAAAAUAUCAUGGCGAAGAGUGACAUCAUACGCUAUCGUGUGUACGAGCUAGUUGUCAAUAUUUCCUCCAUGUCGGUGGAUUCGCUGAACUAUUGUGUGAACAGCGGAAUAAUAUCGGAGCUGAUUGGGGAGCUGACGGGGAAUGACGUGCUUGUCAGAGCGACCUGUAUCGAGAUGGUGACCUCUCUGGCGCACACGCACCAUGGGCUCCAGUAUCUUGCCCAGCAAGGAAUCAUCGAUAAGAUUUCCAACAUCAUCAUCGGGGCCGACUCUGAUCCCUUCUCUGGCUUCUACUUGCCAGGCUUUGUGAAAUUUUUCGGCAACCUGGCUAUGGUUGACAGCCCCCAGCAGGUCUGCGAGCAAUACCCCGCCUUUGUGGAGAAGGUCUUCAGCAUGGCCGAAGGGCCCGACCCGACCCUGUUUGGUGUCGCUGUGGACACCCUCGGGAUCCUGGGCUCCAACGUGGAGGGGAAGCUGGUGCUGCAGAAGAGAGGCAGUCAGUUUUAUCACGUGCUAAACAAAAUCGGGCAUCAGGCAAGGAAUGCCCCAACAGAGCUGAGAGUCCGGUGCCUUGAUGCAAUUUCCUCUCUCUUGUACUUGCUGCCUGACCAGCAGACAGAAGACCUUCUGGGGAUGACAGAAUUCUGGUUCUCCUCUCUAUCCAGCCAGCCCAUGGAACUCUUCCGGAGCAUCAGCACCCAACCCUUCCCAGAUCUCCACUGUGGUGCUUUGAGGGUCUUCACUGCCAUUGCUAACCAGCCGUGGGCGCAGAAGAUAAUGGUGGCUAGCCCAGGCUUCGUGGAAUAUGUCGUGGACAGAUCAGUGGAACCAGACAAAGCUUCUAAGGAGGCCAAGUAUGAACUUGUCAAAGCCCUGGCUAACUCAAAGACCACCGCCGAGAUCUUCGGAAACCAGCAUUACCUAAGGCUUCGGGCUUACCUGCGCGAAGGACCUUACUACGUCAAGGCUGUUUCAACCACGGCCUUGGAGGGAGCAGAAUAACUUUGAACCGGCUUUAAAUUGCUCUGCGGUAAUUCCAGAUGGUCUUUGGACUUCUCAAGCUUUUGACUCCAUGAGGAUGGAGAGGGGGGUAAAAACCUGAGGAAGGAAUUGGUUUGCUGUUCUUGUUUUCAACUUUGAAUGACAGAUAAUUGGGUAGAAAGGUUGAGGACCAUGUUACUCUGGCGUACCUGUAUUCUCUGAGGUAAGCCAAGGGAGCUUUUCUGGAUCAUGAUUGACAGUUUGGACCUUUAGUCAACUGCAGAUGAGAGCUUUGCAUAUCACGGCAGGCCUCGUAAACAGCAGCUUGUCCGCUCUGGGUAAAGCUACCUUGGCAUUUUCGGCGAGAAGGUGCGUCAUUUGAUGAGCAAACGCUUUGAGGCAGCCACGCUGCAUUGGGGAGUGGGGGUCCUGUGCCCCCAGAUCCGGAAUGAUUCGGUCUCUGUGGGGAGCGUGAAGGACCCUUGCGUCUCCAGCGAGAGCUCAGGCUGGCAGCAAGAACACGCUGGGCUGCUUUUAGCGGGUGGUGAAUUUCAUGGGCUGCUUUUGCUUUAUAAAAUGGAGCUUAAAGUAAAAACAGGUAUCUCUCUUGUCGAGCUUUUCCAUUUCAGACUGUGUGUGCGGGCAGCGCUUUCUCGUGUCGAGUGAUUCCUGUACAUGCCAAACUGGAAGACAUGUCUGCGAACCUCCUUCUGCCGUGCUUGUUUUUUGGGAUGGGUUGGGAGAGUUGAUUCCUGUGUGGCACCCUUCCACAACCUGGUGCCCUUCAAGGUUUAACUUCAGCUUCAUCGAUCCAGAGCAGCAGGGCUAAAAUGCCCAGACCUGACCAAAACAUCUGGAAGGCAGUACAUUGGUGGAGUCUCUCCACGCCCUUGCCCUGAAUUGGUGCAGCCUGGUAGCAGGUAAUGUCACUUGCGGCCUGUCAUGGUCAGUUAGCUCUUCUGAGAAGAAUGCAUCUUAGAUUGGAGUGCUCCCAGAGGAUAUGGAUAUAUGGAUAUAUAUCUGCAUAUAUCCAUAUAUAUCUCUUCCCCGAUAUAUAUAUAUAUUGAAUUUCAGUCCCUGCCUGAACCCUUGACUCUUAACACAAAUUGCAGAGAGCAGAAAUGCAAGUCAAUUAGAAAAGCUAAGUCUCAGAGGUACAAGUUUCUGAGGGAACAACAGAAUUUUGGGUAAAACUAUUCUAGGUGGGUAAUUAAGCAUUGGUUUUUUUGGGGGGGAUGCACAAAAACUGGAGGGGGGAGGAGGAAUGGGAUGACCUCAGGUGACCGUCCUCCUGUUUGCUGCACUUAUGCUUCAUGUUACUAGUUCCUAGGAAGGGAGAGGAGGCUAGUAUCGUGCGUCUCCCUUGGUGCACACACAACUUACCUUUUGAUCAGGUUGGCCAUCGAUCACCACCACUGCUCUCCCGUUUACUUAUAUGCCACUUUAUAUCAAAAGGUAUGUGGAAAGUAGUUGACAGCUUAAUUCAGUGAUCAGCAGUUUUAAAAGUUGAAAGUAAUCAUAGCGAUAAGAAUAUGAAACACUCACACAGUAUAAAAUGGUACAGAAACUGACCCAACAGUUUAAAACCAAACUGGAGGAGACUCAAAUGUGUUAAUUAUAUAAUUAAGGCCAAAUAGACUUCUGUUCCAGCAAGGGCUUCUCCACAAUUAACAAUUCUAAUUGGCCAGCAGUCAUGCCUCAGGUUGGUGGCAGCCUUCCUCCCAGCUCUCGCAUGAGGAGGGGAAGAUUGCCACUCAAGAACAUCAAGAGCUCUUUGAAUCAGACCAAAGCACCACCUAAUUCAGUGUUUAGUUUGCAACCAGAUGCUCGUGGGAGGACCGUAAGCAGGAUGUGAGUGCGACCGCAGCGCUAGGGAUGCUAAUGGGCUGGGCCACUGCUGUUCAAAGCAUCUCACAUCUGUUACCCCAGGCAAGGCAUGGCCCGCAUGCUAGAGCCCGUCAAGAGCUUCACAAACUUGUGUAACUGCCUUCUAAAACCAUCUAGGUGGGUUUGCUAUGCCGUGGCGGUGAAUUCCAUCGCUUGACGUCCUGUGUCACGGAUUCCUAAGCAAAUUGUGUCAAACUGGGGUCCCUGAUUAAAUGACCACAAUCCAGCACCCAGUGGUGUGUGUGUUAUGUUCAGGCUCAAGCCUGUAGGUGUCAAAUGUGUUUGGGCCUUACGCUUUUUGUAGCUUGUUAGGUCACCAAGUAGCAUCCGUGGUAGAUGAGUCGAUUAUUUUAGUAAGCUGGACCACUUUCAUGUCUGAGACUCUUAAGAUUUGUGUUUCCCUCUGCUUGGACCAAUGAGGGAGGUGCGUCUUGAAACAUGAGUUUUACUUCCUGUUACGUGUGUUUGCAGAUAUGAUUUUGAUGCAACAUUUUGGUUGCGCUGCUACAGAUUCAAGUAUGUGCUUAACAAUUCUUUUAAGUGUAUUGUUCAAACAGUAUCGUGUAGCUUGUCCGCCUGAAAUGAAGAAGUCGGCAAAAACUAGUUAAAUAAAGCUGUAUUUAUAUAAUUUGGGGAGUUAUCUUGCCAUCCUAUAAGCUCUCCAAUUGUAGCUUUUAAUAUGUGAUCCAUCUGCUGUUAAAAUGGCACUUCCCUGCAUUAUACGUAUAUUGAUCAAUUUCA